CGAUGAUAGAGGUGGACAAAAUGACGGGUGGGCGGUAUUGGCUUAGUUUCCACCGCAAUAAGAGUUGAGUUGAAACAAGGUUGAAUCAGAGUUGAGUCGAACGGUAGUGCGGUGGAAACGCCAAACUCAAUUUUAGACCUAAUCCUACGAAUGAUGCCAGGUUGGGCGAAAUCAGGUUUGGUGGAAAUGCGCAUCUGGGGUCGAACUGGAGUUGUAUGCGGUGUUGCCAACUAUGUAGUACGAACAGUUUGAAAUGUUUUAAAAGAUCCAAAAAGAUCCUACUGGAUCCUACAUGCGGAUCUUGUGGAUUUAUAACGUUAGUUGAAAAGAUGAAUGAAGAAGAUGCAUAUAAAUAUGUUCAACCAAAGAAGAGAAACAUUUGGUUGGUGCAUGAAACAAUGUGUUGUUGGUAUAGCUGAUAUUUCAACUCAACUCCCAUCAACUCUACUUGAACUAUGCCUAGUGGGAGUGCGGUGGAAACGGCUGAAGGUAGAAAAACUGGCCUCUAUUUAAGCUCUAUUUGAGCUCGAUUCUGUGUCCGUGGAAACUAAGCUAUUGUUAAUUUAGAUUAUUCAGAUUAGUUUUAUUUUAACAGUUUAGCUAGGAUGAGUGUUUUCAUUUUGCAUGAAAACACGGUGUGACCUAAUUCAGCCGAUGUAACCUAACCUAUUCUUACUCCAAUCUGUUUUCAAAACAUAUGACGUGAUAUUGCCAAACAACGCACAACAGAAUUCAUAAGUAAUGCCAAAUAUAAUGUGGGCUGAAGUUUAAGUGUAUAAUUGUCAUAUGCAAUUUGUAAAAUGUAUUCUCGAGGACUGAGAACCCAUAGACUUAUCUAACACGACCACUAAUAAUUUCCAAGGCCAAGAAAGCAUCUUUAUUCACGUAUAAUGAAGGACAUCACUGUGUGUGAAAUAGAUUUAAAUGGGCUUGAGGCUAAUCGAAUAACAUUAUGGACGCAAUGGUUUGAAGAUCAUUUUAAAGUAGUUUUAUUGCCAAGUAAUAAUGUACCACUCAGUGGUAACAACGGAACAGAUUGAUUACUUUGCUGCAAAUGAUAAGUCUUGUAAUACUCGUGAUGAGUAUAUACAAAAAACAAGAAAUAUUCUGUCAGGAAGAAAUUCAGGAGUGUAUCAAUUUUCUCUGCAAAAUGCUAAGUUCCGAUGGACAGAAGGCAUGUGGGACCGUGGAAUUGUUGAAGUAACUCCAUGCAAUAUAGAGGAAUUUUCUAAGGUUUUAGAGAAAUUUCUUGUGCAGUACCGUAGUAUGGAAGAGUCGGUUAACAAGUUGGAAUCAGAAAAUAUUCACCUAAAGCAAAUGUACAUGAAACUAAAUGACAGCCUGGAAAGCAUUUCAACUAGAAAAGAAGAGCUUGAACGAAUUUUAUUGCAAAAGUUUCUUCUCCUUAUAAACUCUAAGAAAAAACGAAUUAGAGAAUUAGAAGAGGCUGCCAAGAAAAGACCAAGAGAAGAUAAUUCCAUAUACGAUACUAGCACUGAUGAUGGUGAAUCAUCAGAUGUUUCUGAAAAUGCAAUCAAUAAAAAUAAAUCAGCUAAUAAUUACAUAGUUGACAGCACAUCAACAUCAAAAAUAAGAAAACUUGAAAAUUUGUGCACUAAAACCAAUGAAAAUGCAAAAGAAAAAAAAUCAAGAAGUAAAGAAGGAACGUCGGUAACUAAUAUUAGUAAUCUUGACAUAACAGAAGAAGAAUCGGAAGAAGAUUUAUUUACAUAAAACAGACUAAGCAUGGCUGCUUAAAAUUUUCAACAUAUUGAAAUUUUUUAAUUAUUUAUUAGCUGGAUACAAUUUAUGCUAUGUGAAGCAAUCAUUUGUGUGCAAAUAAUUCAUCUAUUGAUGAUGCAAGUGAAUUAAUGUGAAACAAACGUUGUUUUUUUAUAAAAAAGAUGAACUUGAAGUUAAUUAUUCUAGUCAAUGUAGAAGACAUGAAAAAAAUUGUUUACACAAAUUAUCAUAAACAAAUAGCAAUUUGCUUGAAAUCUUCUGCCAUAAUAUUCAUUCAACACCUAAAAUUUUACAUUAAAAAAAAACAAAAUAUGAUUUUUCAAGAACGACCAAAGCGAGUAGAAGGAAAUUCAAUUAAUACUGGAUUAAUAAUUUUCCAAUGUCUCGACAUAUCGUCACAUUCCGUUUCUUGAAGAAUACCCAUUUUAUAAAAAAGCUGAGUGCAAGUGAUAGCUUCUCGGAUGGCUCCACUUCUUGAAUUAAAUAACAAAAAGUGUGUGAAUGGAUAACGUGGUGGCAAUGAAAUGCUUCUUCGAAACUUUUCUAAUUCAAUCCCAAAUAUUUUCCGUAUAGCUGCUGUAAUCAGCUGUGAAAUAAGAUGAAUUUUAAAAUUGAAAUGUAUAGAAAUUCAGUAUAAAUUACAAGUAGCAGACAAUAGUCUGCAUACUAAUUUUUAUAGUGAUACUAGAAACCUGUAUAUCAUGAAAAUCUUGAAUACCAAUUUUGGGACAAGAGGAAGAAUCAAUCCAUAUUAAUCGUCUGCCAGUUAUAAAGUUUUUCCUAAAACUCUUCUAAAAUAAAAUAAAAUUAGAAGAGAAACACCUUUUUAUUAUCUUAUGCUAAAGAACGUAAGUUAGAUAUAAAAAGGAUAUAAUAUGAACUGACUUCAUAUUGUGGCAACCCAAUAUUUAUUAUCCAGGAAACAACGUCUUCGACAUCCCAUUCCCAAGGAUCUGGCUUUGGUAAAUUAUCCACGACUGCUCCAGCAAGCUUCUUCAGACAUAAGGGUGGCUCUCUAAAAUGCACCAACCUCUGUAAAUAAAUAAACAAAAUUUUUAUCAUU